CUUUCAUUGCCAUAGAAACCAGGACCGCAGCACGUCUCGGGCGCCCUCGCGCAGGCGCGGAGUGUUGACCAAUGAGGAGCGAGGACGCGCCAAUGGCCCGUCAUGUAGUGUUUGGUGCUGCUGCUACUACAACAGUCGUCAACAGUCGCGGCUGAUGGUUGCACGCAGACGCCUGCCACGUCGCACACCACCGCACACCAGCAACUUUGAGUAUCGCACACCUUGCUGACUGCACCUUCAACGAUCCUGCAAGCGACCGACGGGAAGGACCUGGCAAACUGGUCACGUGGCCACAAACGAGGGUUUUUGGAUUAAACGGGUGCAGCUGACACUGCUGUCGUAGCAUAAUCUCGCAUGACAGGAACGUUCCAGACCUGAACGUUUUGUUAAUGGACAUCGACAGUGACCACAACUACUAUCAUCAUCACAGCAAGAACCACGAUCCACGAAAAGGUGCCUGAACUUAGCAAGCGCCGCAGGGAAAUAAUCUUGAAACAGACUCUGUUAAACGAGAACUUUAACAGGUUAUUCAGUCACUGGUUGUGACAGCCUCAAGUCUCGCAGUUGAGAUAUCAGGAGAAAUCAGUGAGAAAUCCAGCGACCAUGCCAAGCUUUUGCAACUCCACGUUAUCGUCCUCACCGGACCGCGACGAAUGCAUGUACUGGUCGAGCUUUAGCGAGAGACCCUUCGCGUGCGGAGACCGGAUGCAAGUAUACAAAGGAAAACUGAACGGAAAAGGGCCGAGAGGUGGCGACUUUUCUGUUGUCAAGAUCUUUCAGGACAGACCGGGCGGGAAAGAGCGAUGCGAAGCGGAGCUGAGGAAAUCGAGAAGAGCAUUUGAGAUGUCGGCUCUGUUCGCCCUCAGUGCAGGCCACCGCCCACCGCGACUACAGUUCGCUCAGCUGCAGAUGGCGCCAGUGGACCAGGUGUCGCUGCUCAACAAGCUCAUGUCCACCAAGCGCAAGCCAGCGUCGGGUGAAUGGAUCCUGCUGGAGGAGAUCGUCCACGAGCACCACAGUCUCCAGAGGUUCGUCAACAAGUUCGGUGAAACCGGUUCCGGCAGAUCCGGAUCCCGCUUCAAGCCUGAGUGCAACAUGUUCGCUAAAGAACUCAUCGAGGCCUUCGUGCACUUCUCCUUCCACGUCAGCAACGGCGAGGAGGUGGUGUGCGGCCUGGAGGGCGGGGUGGACGAGUUGGGGCGAGUGAAGCUCAAGACCCCCAUCAUCCACUCGAGGGACAGGCGCUACGGCGAGACGGACCUGGGCCCGGACGGCGUGCAGCUGGUCAUGCAGCACCACACGUGCAGCAGCCACUGCCGCAGGCUUGUCUCCCUUUCCCGUGCCUCAUCCACACCUUCCCUCCUUACACCCUCCUCCUCGUCCUCUUCCCUCGGAACCUGUGACGUCACGUGCCUUCCUCGCCAGAUGCCCACGGCGCCUUACGAUCCCGACCUCCUCCUGCCCAGAAGCGGCCUCUCCACCCGCUGCCCGUCCCAUCCGUUCCUGUCGGCGAACGCGUGGGAGGAUUUGAGGUGGUGCGCCCCGCCCAUGGACAUCACCCCUCCCUCCCCGGGGGAGUUUCCGAACGAGGCUUACUUUCUGUUCAAGCUGGAGCUGGACAAACCUGUUCCCAACGAGCCCCCGCCCUCAUACAGUCAAGCCAUGGACCAGGAGCACAUCAUCUCCUCGUGUCACUACCUGCCGCCCUAUAGCCGGUCCUGGCGCUAAGGGGGAAUCCGGCCUUCCUCAUGUCUGACGUUAAUCUGACGCGCAUGUCAUCGGUGUCAUCUCGUUCAUCUAUCACAGAUGAUACUAGUCUCACAGACAAUAACAUUCCCUCGUGCAUAGCCUGCACGUGCACGUGAACGCACACGAGGACACACGUCUCCACAAGACAUUUGCUGACCGUCGUCUGCUGGGUAUCCGUCAGUGACACUACUGCCACUACAGACACUACUGCCACUACAGAACUACUGCCUCUGCACCACUAGGACUUGUCACAACUCCACCACUUAUUCACUUUUUCUAAGACUUUUUCAAGCCAUAAAAUAAAAAAGACAAAAGAUAAUCUCAACUGUUGUCACGAGGAUCACUCAGUGCAAAGAGGUCAUGGCGUGCACGCAUUUCUGUCCUGGUCUGAAACAGUUCUAGGUGUUCAGUAUUAAACUUGAAUUUUGUAAACUCUUUUUUUGCUUGAGAUUAGAACUGCUGGGAAAAGUUUAUGACCCUUGAGUGCAUGAAAGAGAAAAUCUGUUUUUGGAAACCAUCAUGAACAGUGAACAUACUUCAGUCUCUAGACCUCAGUCAUCAUGAGGCUACAAACGAUGAAGCACGACGGUUGUCUGUACUAGCCUGUUGUUUGCUGUGCACAAAUGUAUCUACUUUUUUCUGAAAUAACAUACAGAAAUCAAGGCUAUAGUAAAUACUACAGACACCAGCUACUCAAUGAAUACAAUGGUAGCAAUGGUAACAGGAAUGUGCUUACAGGGAAGCAGUGAAUUGUAAAAUGCAAUAUUUUUCAUGUCAAUUUUCAGAAACGUGUUUUAGCAAUCAUAUAAUCAUGUAUGUACCUUCAGUUACAUUUGAUUUAUGGUAAUCAUUAAUUGAUGUCUGGCUGUGAUGCUUGUUUUUUUUUUUCUACCUUUAUUUUAACACAAGUGUUUGGUGUUCAUGAAGGAUUAUUUGCUUUUAUAAGGCAGCUUUACAUGUAAUCUCGUGUGAAUGGAUGUUUGUGAGAGAAAGAGAGAGGAAAAAGAAGAAGCGAUGUAUAUGACUUAAAUAUGUUUAAAGUCAUUUUUUAAAACAUAUCCAUAAAUUAUUUUAUUUACAUCUUUGGCUGAUGUUGUGUCAAUAAAAUGUCUGCGGCAUUUGCUUAAAGUUA